UUUUCCUUUGGCUGUGUGUAUGUGUAAGCGUGCGUGUCUUUUUAUUUCUAUUAACGUUGAGACAAUCUGGAGAGCAGGUACUGGAGCAUUGCCUUCACAGCCCUGAUGGGGAACUAAUCUGCAUUUGUAUACUGCCACUUCAUUAGUGAAGAAACUAAGAAUUGUCAAGGUUUGCCACACAGGAAGAAGAUGAAGAAGAAUCUAGCCCCUUGAAUUCCAGUUUUACUUGCAAAGUUUUGACAGGACAACAGUUGUAAGCACCCGAGGGUCAUCAAUGACUCCAAGAGAAACCUACCCGCAGUGAAAAACAUUUCUUGCUCUAGGUAGGAUGAUGAUUGUAGACUUCUGUAGAAGGGCCGAGUAGCCAUUCUGUUGGGUUUGACGGUGAUCGCGCACGUGAUCCCUGAUGGCGGAGAGAUCACUCCUUACUUAUGCACUAUUGAUACUUGUCUGUUCCCUUCUUCAUGUGAAAGGUACGCAGAUGACUGAGUGUGUGUGCGAAGGAGAAGGCUGCACAGGGCAGCGGUGCUUUGGCCACUUCUGCUAUCUGACUCUCAGCAUUGAGGAUGGGAAGCAGGUCCACCAGAAGGGUUGUCUGAAUGAGCACAGUGAUAAGAAAUGCAACCAAUCACAAGUCCCAGAGAAGAUAACACAGUGCUGCACAGGUUUCCUCUGCAAUGAAAACUUGAUCUCUAAGUCUAAGCUAGGGACAUCGGAGAAGUAUGACUGUGUGUGUCAGAACGGAUAUUGUACCGAGGACCACUGUACUGGCUCCAAGUGUUAUGUCUCAGUGAUCAGUGAAUUCCCAGAUGAGGUGGUGAAAGGCUGUUUAACAAACGACCUUCAAGAGGCACCCUGUGACAACUCAAUACCAUUUGUCAGCAUGCAAUGCUGCAUAGGCCACUUCUGUAACCGCAACCUCACCGUGAAAAAAGUGGAAGAAACAAAGGAAAACUUCUCUUCCCUGGUCACAGUGGUAGUCCCAGUUCUGGUGCUGAGUGUUCUGGUAGUCCUGCUGCUGCUGUUCCACCAGAAACUCUGUAAAAACAGAAUGAUGCCAUUUUUGAACAAGGACGAAGAACUGAACCAGACAGAAAUGCUGAAAAUAGCUGAGCUUGGAGACAACACAAUUGGCGAACUGUUUGAUCAUUCCUGCACCUCUGGUAGUGGCUCUGGUCUCCCUUUCCUUGUUCAGAGAACAGUGGCCAGGCAAAUCACACUGAUAGAAUGUGUAGGGAAAGGACGCUACGGUGAAGUGUGGAGAGGCAUGUGGCAGGGGGAAAAUGUAGCCGUUAAGAUCUUCUCUUCAAGAGAUGAACAGUCCUGGUUUAGGGAGACAGAGAUCUACAACACAGUCUUACUGAGGCACGAUAACAUUCUAGGCUUCAUCGCCUCAGACAUGACGUCCAGAAACUCAAGCACCCAGCUCUGGCUCAUAACUCACUACCAUGAGAACGGAUCACUGUACGACUACCUUCAGUGCAACGCUGUCAACACGCAGGGCUGCAUGAAGCUUGCACUUUCCAUCAUCAGCGGCCUGGUCCACUUACACGCAGAAAUCAUUGGAACACCGGGCAAAGCAGCCAUCGCCCACCGGGACCUGAAAAGCAGGAAUAUUCUUGUCAAGAGAAACAAGCAAUGCUGCAUAGCAGACUUAGGUUUGGCUGUCAUGCACUCUCAGAACAACGACUUCCUGGACAUUGGAAACAACCCUAAAGUGGGGACCAAGCGUUACAUGGCCCCAGAGGUCCUGGAUGAGACUAUCCGCACCGAUCGUUUUGAGUCGUACAAGUGGACAGAUGUCUGGGCAUUUGGUCUUGUGCUGUGGGAGAUUGCCAGGAGGACGGUGACCAAUGGAAUCACAGAAGAGUACAAGCCUCCAUUUUAUGACUUGGUUCCCACUGACCCCAGCUUUGAAGACAUGAGGAAAGUCGUCUGCACUGAUCAGCAACGACCCAACAUCCCCAACAGAUGGUUUUCUGAUCCGAUUUUGUCCUCUCUUGCUAAACUGAUGAAGGAAUGUUGGUAUCAGAGCCCCUCUGCUAGGCUGACGGCUCUCCGCAUCAAAAAGACCCUAACCAACCUGGCCAAUGCAGACAUCACGCUGCACAAGCUCAAGCCAGACUGCUAACUCUUUUUAAUUUGAUCCUCAAAAGAAAAGCUCUUAAAUCUCAGACAGCACCUGCCAGUUAAUCCAUCCCAGCCCUGACUAAUGUCCUUCUAGCUUGCAAGCAAACACUCUCAAGCAUCUGCUCCACGUUUGGAUUCUGCUCCCAACUGACCCCGGACUGGAAAGAAUGUGGGGAUCAAGGCAUUUUGGGGUCAAGCUUUGCAAGCUCUUAAACAAAGCUGUCAAGUGACCCCUCAAACACACAAGAAGAAGAAAGAACAAAAGAAAUUCCUACAUUGAAGUCCUACAGAAAUCUCUCAGAGCAAUUUGCACACUGCUGUGUUAAGUGUAGCACUUGCUGUAGUAUUGGACUGACACAAUGCACAGCAAGAUUCCAGCAUCCAAUGAGGUACCACACAUGGAGCUUUACUGGUGAGCUCAAAAUAGAUUCUAUUGGAUUAUUAUAGACUGUUGCCUUGCACUAAGAGGUCAGCAAACAGAAUUAUUCAGGACAGUUUUUACAGAGUAUGCCACGAACAGCAGGAGCGGCGGUAAGGACUAAUAGUGAAUAGAAUGCUGCUCAGGUUUUGUAAACAUUUGACAGAAAACCUUGCUAUAAGAUAAGAAGGAAAAAUCAAAUGCAUAAUUACCAUGGAGAUUUUAAUUACUAUAUACGUGUUUUAUAGUCCUAAUAUAAACUUAAGUAUUGUAAUCAAAAGAAUUCGUGCUGGUUUUCUUGACCUAUGAAACCUGCAGCGUUGGCACUUCAUGUUCAAUGUCAGUGCUGAGUAACACCAUCGAAGCCGUGAAAACCCCAGCACGAGUGGCUAACAAUAGCCCAGCCUCACCAGACAUCGGGCUUGGCCACAUGUAACAUCAGAACAGGGCACGGGACGAACGAGAGGGCUGAGGAAUUUAUAUGGGGGUUUGGGGUGGCGCAGUAGCAUAGUGGUUAGCCUAACACUACCACAGUGUCAGCGACCCGGGUUCAAUUCCUGCCACCAUCUGUCGGGAGCAUGUACGUUCUCCCUGUGUCCACGUGGGUUUCCUCCAGGUGCUCUGGUUUCCUCCCACAUUCCCAAUUUGUAUGGAUUUGUGGAAUAAUUGGUCACAUGGUGUAAUUGGAUGGUGAGGACACAUCUGAGCACAGGAGUUCAUCCUGGCACUGUAGACACUCGUGAUUUGGGCCUCAGAGUCAACCCAAGGCACAAACUUUCCACAUUACCUCUGGAUCUACUCGAGCCAACAAUUGAGUGGGACAGGCAGUAUCUGUGGAGAGGACGGGGUCACGCACGUAUCUCACAGCAAGGAACCUUGAAAAGCAGUUCACAUGUUGCUAAAACACCCUGGGCUAAAAAUUCAAUGACUUAACACAUUUGGGUGAUUGUUUUUGACCUCUGUCUAAGUGGAUGCUACAUAUUGCAUGUUAUAAACUCAAGAAGUUCUGCAGAUGUUGGAAAUCCUGGGUAACACACACAAAAUGCUGGAGGAGCUCAGCAGGUCAGGGAGCAUCUGUGGAGGGAAAUAAACAGUCAGUGUUGCAGGCCGAGAUUUUACGUUAGAACUGGAAGGGAAGGGGUUAGAUGCCGGAAUAAGAAGGUGAGGGAAGGGAAAGAGUACAAGCUGGAAGAGACCAGGUGAGGGGGAAGGUGAGUGACUGGGGAGAGGGGAUGAAAUAAGAAACUGGGAGCUGAUAGGUGGAAAAGGUAAAGGGCUAAGACAAAGGAAUCUGAUAGGAGAGGAGAGUGGACCAUGGGAGAAAGGGAAGGAGGAGGUGAUAGGCAAACAAGGAGAAGAGUAGAGACAUUGCACGUUAUGGUCAACUGCAGCAAAAUUCAUACAGAGAGGCUGCUGGUAACACAGCAAUGACUUGGCCAACACAGAGCAUCACUGAUGUUGCUGGUUCAUUAUUGUGGAAAGCUCACAAGCUUCAGGAAAGGCAGAGACACAAGAGUUGGAGGGUGAAUCAUCACAAUCCACCAGAUAUCUUCAAUGCCACAGGUAAGGUGGAGUUGAGGCGAUGAUACCCAUCUUUUCCUAUUGAGCACACUGCUGAAGAAAGGCAGACAACCAAAUGACAGCAUUGCAUGUCAACGUCCAGCUUGACCAAGCUUAGGAGUAUUUAGAUGCUAACAGGCUUCCCUGAAAAUUUCCCACACUCUCUUUAGCUUCUUUUACUAAUUUAUCCCGGUGUAAUUAUGGACCUUGGAUGAGGGCUGGAUAGACCCCAACUUUGGUGCUCACCGCAGUCACACGGCUGAGUGAUAGCUGCCUUCUGAAAUUGUGCCUUAAAGAUGUCAAAUGGCCGAGGCUGAUGAUGGGACUUUGACCAAGGUAGUUCAUCAGCACCUUCAGAAGAGAAAGGAAAUGGAAUUUUUAAUGGAUCGGGAGACCAAGAGGAAGAAUAUCAUAAAGAAAAAGGACUUUUAAAAAGGGCCAGAACCUGAGACUUACAAUUAAAGCUGUGAAGGAAAGACUGAUGUUUGUACAAUGCCCUUUCUCAAUCUCAUGAUAUCCCAGUCAGAUGACAAUUGCUCAGGUACAUAGUUCCUACACAGGUAAGCACGGUGGUGGAAAAGAUCUUUGGCAUACCGGCCUUCAUCAGUCGAGUACAGGGAGUCGGGACGUCAUGCUACAGCUGUACAAGGGGCUGCUGAGACCAUGCUUGGAGUACUGUGCACAGUUCUGAUCGCCCAGAUACAGAAAGGAUGUUGUUAGUUCGAAAGGGUGAAGAAACGAUUCAGAAGGAUGUUACCAGGACUGGAGGGCUUGAGAUACAAGGAGGGACCAGAUACACUGGGACUGUUUUCCCUGGAGUGAAGGAAACUGAGGAGUGACCUUUUAGAGGUUUACAAACUCAUGAGGGGUAUUAAUAAGGUGGAUGGUCACAGUCCUUUACCAGGUUAAGGGAGUCGAAAACUACAGGGCACAGGUUUAAGGUGAGAAGGGAAAAAUUUAAUAGGGACAAGGAGAGCAGGUUUUUCACACAGAGGGAUGAAACAAGUUGCUAGCAGAAACGGCAGAAGUGGUCACGAUAACAUCAUUUAAAAGAUAUUUGAACAGGUACAUGGAUCAGAAAGGUUUAGAGGGAUAUGGGCCAGAUGUGAGGAAGUGGGACUGGCGUAGAUGGGCAGCUUGGUCAGUGUGGACAGCUGGGCCGAAAGGCCUGUUUCCCGCUCGGUGGGUCUGCUGUUUCAGUGCCUCUUGCCACUAACAGGAGCUGGGCCAGCGAUCCACCCUUGCACACACAUUACCGCGCACAGACCUUUACAGUGGCAGAAAGCAUUCCUCCUGCCAAGCAGUGAAACCGUGUUUUGAAAUAAUGAUACUGCUGUUUACAACAGAAUGCUUCAAUUAAUCUGUUAAUAAAACUGGGGUUGAAUUUACUGCUCAUUCUCCACAUUUACACCAGGGAACACACCUUUCCUGCAACACCUCCUAGCAGAGAAACAGCUCAUGGCACUUUUCCAGGGGCUGGGUACAGCUGAUUGGCUUUCAUGCCAGGCCAGAUGCCACAGCUAAUAGAGCUGGCACCAGUUUACCUAAUGUACACUGAUUCUGCAGGCUGCCAGUUCUGGGGUAGGAUUGCAUACAACAACAGAAUGGUAAUAUUGAUGUGGGGGUGGGGGGCAGACUUAUCAGUCAGAUGUUAGAGACCCUGCUCCACAAUGUAAAUACAAGUGAUCUUGGUUUUGUGGACAGUUUAACACACAAUUGUCCAUCUUGUCUAUGUGGACUUCAAAAAAGCUUUUAUCAAGGUCCAGAAUGAUCCAAAGAUUGGAUCGCAUGGGAUUCAGGGUGAGCUAGCUAACCAAACACAAAAUUGUCUUGGAGGUAGGAGUCAGAGGAAGUUUGUGACCAGUGGUGUGCUGUUGUUUGUCAUUUAGUUUUACAGUUUGGGUGAGAAUGGAGUUGGCUUGGUUAAUAAGUUUGCAGAAGACACCAAAAUUGGUGUUGUGGUGGACAGUGAAGAAGAUUAUAUAAGGUCACAAGAUGUGGACUAAGGAAUACCCACCUCUACAAACCCAUCCCUUCUACAAUCAGGAUGUCACUACACCUCAUAUUACCAGCCAUCCUCUGCUGAAGGACCCAAUUGAUGUGGUUCUGGGAUAGCAGAUGUACCCCUAAUAACUCACGUGGACCUGGGGCAGACUGUGACUCCGACUCCCUGUGCUAAAAGAAAGAAGUGGGAGAAAUAAUUCAAACUUUCCCAUUGCUUGUGAUGUGUGGAUGGACAGACACCCAGUGGUUCCUUUAUUAUGCAUCUCCUGUACCUGAGAAAAUGGCCACUGAGUGAAUGUUCAUGGUCUUCUGCUGCUGUAGCCCAUUCACUUCCAGGUUUGAUGUGUUGUGCAUUCAGAGAUGCUCUUCUGUGCACCACUGCUGUAUCGUGUGAUUAUUUGAGUUACUGUCACUUUCCUGUCAGCUUGAACCAGUCUGGCCAUUCUCCUCUGACCUCUCUCAUUAACAAGGCGUUUUCACCCACAGAACUACCGCUCACUGGAUGAUUUUUUGUUUUUCGCACCAUCCUCUUUAAACUCUAGAGACUGCUGUGCUGUUGUGUGUGAAAAUCCCAGGAGAUCAGCAGUUCCCGAGAUACUCAAAUCUCCCCAUCUUUCACUAACAAUCAUUCCACGGUCAAAGUCACUUAGAUCACAUUUCUUUCCCAUCCUGAUGUUUGGUCUGAACAACAACUGAACCCUUUGACCAUGCCUGCACACUUUUAUGCAGUGAGCUGCUGCCACGUGAUUGGCUGACUAGAUAUUUGCAUUAACGAGCAGGUGUACCUAAUAAAGUGGCCACUGAGUGUAUAUAUUUUGUAAGAUCACAUUUGGUUCUCCCUAAGCCUAGCAGUUAAAGCACAAAGCAUGGAGUGGUGGUCAGGUUUACAGAGUGAGAUUUUGAUUCAUGUAUUACAGCUGUAUAGGGUCUUGGUGUUGCAUUGGAGGCAGUCCAAAGGAGAUUCACUAGGCCUGCUCCUGGGAUGAGGGGGUUAUCCACCAGGAGAGGCUGGAUAUUUUAGCUCUGUAUUCUUUUGAGUUUAGGAGAAUGAGGGGUGACCUUCUUGAAACAUACUGAACAAGAUCCUGAAGGGGAUUGACAGGGAAGUUAUUGAGGCGUUCCCACUCAUGGGAGGAUCUUAAACAAGGAGACAAGGUUUGGGGGUGGUCAUUAAAAUUGAGGUGCGCAGAAAUUUCUUCUCUCAAAGAGGGGUGAAUCUCUGGAAUUCUCUGCCCUGCGGAUGGUGGAAGCAGGGUUAUUAGCAGUAUUGAAUAUGUAGGUGGGUAUACUUCUGAAAGGUUGGAGGGGAUUGAGGGUGAUGGGGACCUGCCACAGAAGAGAAGCUGAGGUCUGAGGUACGUCAGUACGAUUUUAUUAAAUGACGGGGGAGACUUAAGGGGGCUGAAUGGCCUAUUCCUGCUGCUGAUUUCUUGUGUUUUGUGUGAUCUGUGCACCUUUAGCUGCCCAGAGUUGAAAUAGCCAUCAGGGUCUUCCAAUCUUCUCAGGACCCCUGAGAACAUGAGGGCUAGGGUCUCAGUGGAGGAGAAGGCCGCUGCAGAAAUUCACCAGGAUACCUGAUUCUGACCAGUAUCCAGUGACUUUUGACCUGUGCAAAUGUGCAGAAAUCAGCUGAUGAGAGGACCGGCUGGGUUUUAGGUGUCGUAAAUGAGUCCCAACUACCGCUGGCUUCAUGACGAGAAGGCAAUUGAGCUAAAGUUAAAGCUCCUACCAUAUUUAGUGAGAGAAAUUAUAAAUCUAAUUAAUUCUUGAAAGUUUGCACAUUCUUAAUGUUCUGUGAUGAUGCUUGUGUGCAAUUAUAUAAAAGAAACAUCUAUUUUGUCUGUAUUAUGUAAUUACAAUUAAUCCCAUAAAUGUCAUACUUAGAAUAUAUUUUAAUCAAAGCAUUUCCACAGAAGUAAUAAACCAGAUUCAAUCAGAAGAAUGGAAUAAAAGUUUGCUGCUUUACUUAUGACUUC